AUGGAUUCAUCUGAGGUUAACCCAACCUGGACCCUGGAGUCUCCUCAAACGUCCAUUGAUGAAAAUUCCCAGGCAAUUCCAGUUGCCUCUCAACCUAUGUCUGAAGUGUUAAUAAAGAACCUCAGUAACCUGAUGCCCAACCCUAGUAUCAAAUUGCCAUUCAUUCUACCAGAAUGUCUACCUCAACCAACUGGGCGGUUACUUGGUGAAACCAUACCCUAUAGGAGAGGGGUGAGGACCAUGUUAACUGAUCGGAGAGAUAAGAUAGAACGUCUGAUUCAAUCUAUUAAAAAAUGCUGCAGCAAAGGAGUUCUUCGGUCUGACUCUCAAAGAGAACCAUGGCAGAAUGAUGUUGAGACUCAGUCAAGAGGGCAAAGAUUUAGAAGUAGCUGUCGUUUUUGCUGGUUUCAUAGAGCUCCUUCUGAGGAUAAUUAUGAGAAUUAUUACAACAAUAAGUAUUACAGUAAUUAUGACAUGGAGUCGAAGGAGCCAUAA